UUUUGUGUUGUACUUAAUUAUUGUCGUUCACCGAACCGACAGGUGUCCAACAGAGGAACACACGAAUCUGCCAGAUUUUCGUCGUUUUCGAGUUUUCGGUACGAGUGUAUCGUCCCCACCACGGACAGUCUGAUCUGUCGUUUCGCGCCCAUUUGCCUUGUCCCCCGGUCCCCGUUCCCGACCGUUGAUAAUAACAAACAUUUUAAACAACACUGUCUGCGUCUGUCCAUAACCAUUCCAACCACACUUUGUGCAUCAUUCCGCAUUAAUAUAAUAUUGGUUUAAUACAAAAUGGCUAUGGCUUCGACUUCACAUGUUGAAGAAUCCGUGGUUGAAGAUCAUGAAGAAGAUGAUGGACCAUUACUAAUUGCAAAACUUGAAGGUCAAGGAAUUACUAGUGGAGAUAUUAAAAAACUUCAAGAAGCUGGAUACCACACAAUAGAAUCUAUUGCUUUUGCGACAAAAAAACAUCUCAUUACCAUUAAGGGCAUAAGUGAAGCAAAAGCUGAUAAAAUAUUGGCUGAAGCAUCAAAAAUGGUCCCACUCGGUUUUACCUCUGCUACAAUAUUUCAUCUAAAGAGAUCUGAAAUUAUUCAAUUGACUACUGGUUCAAAAGAAUUAGACCGUUUAUUAGGCGGUGGUAUUGAGACUGGUUCAAUUACAGAAAUAUUUGGGGAGUUUAGAACUGGUAAAACACAACUGUGCCAUACUUUGGCUGUAACUUGUCAGCUACCUAUUGGUCAAAAUGGAGGAGAAGGAAAAUGCCUCUAUAUUGACACAGAAGGUACAUUCCGGCCAGAAAGAUUGCUUUCAGUAGCUGAAAGAUAUCAGUUGGUAGGAAGUGAUGUACUUGAUAAUAUUGCUUGUGCCAGAGCAUAUAACACAGAUCAUCAAACACAAUUAUUAUUGCAAGCUGGAGCUAUGAUGGCUGAAUCUAGGUAUGCAUUAUUGAUUGUGGAUAGUGCCAUGGCUUUAUAUCGAACUGAUUAUUCUGGUAGAGGUGAAUUAUCUGCUAGACAGAAUCAUUUGGCCAGAUUUCUCAGAAUGUUAUUACGUCUUGCAGAUGAGUUUGGGGUUGCUGUAGUAAUAACUAAUCAAGUAGUUGCUCAAGUAGAUGGUGCUUCUAUGUUUGCGGCAGAUCCAAAAAAACCGGUUGGUGGAAAUAUAAUGGCUCAUGCGUCUACUACUAGAUUGUACUUGCGUAAAGGCAGAGGUGAAACAAGAAUUUGCAAGAUAUAUGAUUCUCCUUGUUUACCGGAGUCUGAAGCAAUGUUUGCUAUUAAUGCUGAUGGAAUUGGAGACGCAAAAGAGUAACUAAAAUAAUUUUUUUUAUCAAAUUCAUUCAUAAGAAUACCACUAUUUAAAAAUGUUCAGUUAAAACAAUUAUUUUUAUUGUAGAUUAAAAUUUGUUAAAAAGAAUUUUUUUUGACAUUUGCUUAGCUAAAUAAUACAAUUGUAUUAAUUUUUUUUUUAACUAACCUUAUGUUGACAUGUUAUUUUUUAGAAUUAUCUUUUAUAUUAAAUAUGAUUUAUCAUAAAUUUAUAUAAUAUUAUAAUAGUGUUAUUUUUUUUCAGUAAAAUUAGCUUUUGAAUCCAAUUGUUGUAUUACCCUGUGUAUAUCUAUUGUAAAUAUUUUAUAAUUACUAAUAUUGUAUUUCAUCAAUAUAAAAAUUAUAUAUUAAAAAUAUUGAUCUGUUUUCAUAAUA